AUGGCAGCAAGCGCUUCAUCAGCCUGCUGCGCCCGCAAGAACGGCAUGCCAUUCUGGCAGCCUCAGCAAUGGGACGCCGACGGAUUGCCAUACUUGGAUUGGGAUACUUCUGUUGGAGGGGUUAUUGGCGGUGCUGUGUUGCCCGAUAUGAACACUCAGGAUCUUGGCACUGGGGAGGAUUUCCUCUCGCAAGAGCCGCCUCUCAUCAACAUCAACACUCUGCAACAACAACCUACAUCAUCACCGCCCAUUGCUCCCCCAACAACAUCAACAAGCAACAACAAAUCCCCCUCCAUCCCAGGAACAUCCACCUUCUCUCUCCACCCUUCCCCAGCCGCCUCCUCCUCUUCCGGCUCUUCAUCCUCCCACAAGCGCAAGUCCUCACCCGAGGACGAGUCCGCUUCCGUGGCCCUCAAGCGCCAACGCAACACCCUCGCGGCUCGCAAGUACCGUCAGAAGCGCCUCGAUCGCAUCUCAGAGCUUGAGGCCGCGCUAGCCGCUAUGACAAGCGAGAGGGAUGACAUGCGUCUGCGACUGGCUCGCAGUGAGGCUCAAGCGGAUGCUCUAAGGGAGAUGUUGAACAGCAAGAAGUAAACAAAGUCUACGUCAGUCGAAUCUCGGGAAAAUGGUUUGGAAAAGCCUCCCUUUGAAGAAAAGUCACAAGCGAAUGGGGUACUAUCGGUGGUUUAAUCUGUCGGCUUCCGGCGUUGAGGUUACUAGAGGGCAUACAAUUGCGGAUUAGCAAACGGACAACUUUUCCUUUCCUUAUGUAGUUCAAACAUGAAAUAUUUCUCUGGAAGC